AUGACUUUGGCCGGUUCGACCUGUAGGACGCGGAGUAUUGCAUCAAAAGCCACAAAAGUCGCAUCAGGCAGUCGAUAUGUUGCUAAUCAUCCUUUAUUUCUUGCACAUCGGCCUAGAAAGCCAGUCGUAGGCGACAAGUUGCUGUUAUGUCGGAACGCGAGCACAGGUCCUUCACGAAACACACAACCACCUGGUUCAAAAAGCGCUCGGAAAGCUGCAAAUCUCGAUACGCAAACACCAUCUGCAGGUGCCAAAGCAGAGAUGAAAGGAACACCUCGGGGACUGUUUGGACUUGGUCCAAUAACACUCGCACUUCUCGUAUUAGGACUGACCGUGAGUGGAUGGGCAGGCUACAAGUUCUAUUAUACAGAAACAUUGUAUCCGCCUCCAGUACGAGCAUAUCUCAAAGUCGCAAUCAGGGCUACUAUGGACAACGACUGGGCAAAGGCAGAGGCGGCAUCUCGAAAAGCGUGGGAGGUAGCUCUCUCGCUAUCACCGAGCGAAUUCAAGGAAGAUCCACACCUCAAGAUUACCGGUAUCGCAGCAAAGCUCGGAGAGAUUCUCGAGUCGCAAGGCAAAACACGAGAAGCAUAUAUUGUCUACGUGGAGGCCCUUUCUGAACUUUUCCCACAAUUCGCCCUCUACGGAACUCUAGAUCCAGAUAAAGACUUUUCACUGUUUGGGACGUCGAACACAGUACGGCACCCAGACUGGUCAAAGCUUGAACUGGGAGGCAAGGCUCGAUUACGUGCCGUUGGCCUUGCCAAUCGAGCUGCUACAUUGGCACAAGGCAUGCAACGAACAAAAGCGGCCACUACUCCUCCUGUCACAAAACGCCCGCAACAGGACUCACAGCGUCCAGAUGGCUCCACGUCGUGGCCACCGACCUGGACGAAGAGCUGGGAAGAAAUAGAACUACAGCUUCGGUCGUUUAGUGUCACACAAGUACUCUACUUGACGUCAAACACCACGGGAAUCCCAACCUCGGAACUCUCGACCAGCCCGGAUCUCGAUACUAGACUUCCCCGCUGGCUGAGCCGAAUGGACCUGGCGGGCACGUGCGAGGGGCUUGCAGAAUGCUACGUCCGCCGCGGAAACAUCGAACUUGCGCUGGCUCUGUAUCAAACUACCUUCCAAUUCCUCUUGUCUUCAAAGCAAUCGAUGGCAUUCGACAUAUCGACCGCGGAACCACUUCUUUCGACCGCAGAGGCACCUAAUAAUGCUAUGCUAAUGUGCAUGGCAGCUGGUGUACUAACUGCGAUGGGUGGGGCAGUCCUCGGUACUCAUGGACCGAACGCCGGGUCCAAAGCCAAACCAGUCGAAGAUCUGGCGCAAAGGAAUGCCGUGCGCUCAUGGUGUCGCGAGUCUCGCCACCUCGUCGACGCCGGACGACGGUUGACGGGUGGAACUCCCUAUCAUAACCUCAUGAGAGACAUUCAAGUCCUCGGAAGAGCGGAUAAGCCCAAUGCAAAGGAGAUUAAAGCGCUAGAUUUGGAUGAUACGUUCCUAUCGUCCCUUCCAGACGUUCCGACUCAGCAAUCGACAUUGUCGGACAUGCACGUUGCUCAAGAGAUACGAGACAAGCGACUAUUGUAUAUUGAUCUCAAGAGGAUACAAGAGGCUGGGAGACGGAAGAAAGAGGCCGUUUGGAAGUCGAAGACGGAGGGGCCAAUAUACGGCGGCGAGACGCCAGCCAAACGUGAACUAACUAAUGCCGAUAUAUGGGGUGCGGGAGAAGCUGCGUUCAAGACGAACCCGCUUUGCGAGCGCACAUGGGCUGCGGUACUCUACAAUACGGGCAUGGUGGAGAUGCUCGAUCAUAAUCCUUCUCUCGCCGAGCAAUACUUCCACCUUGCGUUGGAGCACUCUCGCCGGAUCAACUUUUUAGAAGGCGUGACCAGAAGCAAAGAAGCACUCAAAGAUCUACCCAAGUAG